AUGGACUCGACCUUUUUGAGCUUUGAAGAAACGAUGCAAACUGAUGAAUUAGAGCAUCACACUUUCAACAACACAUUGGUCGACGAAAGUGUGCUUGACGACGAUGGUAUUUUUAUCACUGAUGACUUGGAUGAACAUGCUCUUUUGGAUGAAGUGCCCAAAAUAAAUGAAAUUAAUCAGCAGAAAGAGACAGAGCAGAAGUGUGCCGCCGGUGACAAUGAAGGGUGCAUGAGAAGCCUAAAUUUUGAAGACGCUGAGGAUAGCCCAAACAUGCACGAUGACCAAUUAACAAUUGAAUCGCUGUUUGAAAGAACUGAUGAGAAAGAGGAGGUGACCACCGAAUGGGCAUCGAAUAUUACAGAAAUGGACAAUUUAACGAUUCUUGGUGAAAAACCAGAACUCACACUAUCAAAGAGAGACACGACCGAGAAUGGUGACCAUCAAGUUUCUGACUUUCGAACCAUUGAUGAUCAAGCGGCAAUAAGUCGAUUAAUUGAUGAACUCGUCCAAAAGGUUUCAUCCGAUGCUCCUAUCACUACGUCAACGGCAGAGCAGAGCAAAUAUCUUAAUCAGAGCUUUGAUUUGUUC